AUGAUAGAAUAUGUACCGGAUCUCGAGCUAGAGCGCCAGUUGAAGAAGGUCGUUGACGGAUUUUGGAUCGAUGCGAGGGAAUUCCUCGAGCAGUCUGGGUAUAAGAUCCAUCCAAAGUAUGAUCCAACAUGGACGCCCACAUCGGAACUCGAGGAGAAAGAAGCUGAUGUCCUUCUCCCGCGUUUUACCCUUGCUUCAGCUUGGGAGAAGUACUGGAAUGCUUUCGUCAGAUAUUCGAGGGCAGUCCAAUUCAUGCAUCAGCAUCAUGUCGCCCAUCGCGACUGCACUCUUCGUAACAUUAUGAUGGAUCCCUACGAAGAUGUACCCGGGAGGUUUCCAUCCCGGAAGACCAGUGGAUGGCGGCAGACUACAGCGAAUUCGUGUCUCCCAGGCUCACCCGAGCUCAAUGCUGGCCUAGAUACUACCUUGUCGAUUUCGGCCUGUCUAGGCGUUAUGACCCCUCCUUGUAACCCUUUCCCCACAGACAUCUACUACCUCGGAAAUAUUCUCAGAGAGUAUUUCAUCGACGCUACCAAGUACGGUCAUGGCCGAAGACUAGGCCUAGAAUUUUUACGUCCUCUAAUGCAAGAAAUGGUGCAGGAUGACCCCACUCGACGCCCUACUAUCGAUGAAGUGGUUAAGCGAUUUCAUGACUUGACCCAUUCUCUUAGCUACCUACACCUCCGAUCUUUGGUGCAGCUGUCGGACGCCGCUUCGAUAUGCUAUCCCGUGAAUCAUUUUGGCCGAUGGAUGAAAUACACGCUGACGCUAAAACCGCCACUUCCCAAGGACACACCGCCUCCUCUAGCCGUGUUGUCGCCUGAUCUACAUGAUUUCUAUACCCAAAAUCGAGACAAUGGUUUCAAUAUCAGCUUUUCUUCUAGUUUUAGUUUUUCAUGA